AUGGUCAACUACGCUCAGCUUGAAGGCAUCCACUCCCUCACAGCCGCAAUCAUCUUUGCGAUCAUUUAUGUUCCGCUUUUGGCUUUCUACCUCUUCAAGAGUGUUCGCAGGCCGACAUAUGUUCAUCUCGUUCUGUCAUUUUUCUGCCUCGUUCGUAUAGUAGCAUUUUCGCUACGCGCCGCUCUCGCAGGAUCAACCUCGGCAGGAUCAAAUCUGAACCUAUACAUUGCAGCGCAAAUAUUAUACAACGUAGGUUUCUUCGGAGUGCUCUACUCUUCAUAUACCCUCGUUCUUGACCGUGAACUUCUGGCAGACACGGAUGGCGUUUUGGCCUAUGCGCCUGGACCCGUGAGGCUCGUCGUCCGUAUAAGUCGGGACCGCCAUUUGAUCCGGAUUAUACUCCUCGUCGCAAUUGUUCUUGGUAUCGUUGGCGCGACCAAAAUAUCUUCAGGAAGUUCAGCCGCUACAAUUAAUUCUGGGGAAACCCUCCGCAGCUCAAGUAUCUAUAUAUUCAUUUCCGUCGCUUCGCUGUUGGCCUUUCAGACUAUCGUACUUGCAAUCUCUGACAUUAAGUCACCCAGAUACGCUGCGGGCGAUUCGGGCUACGGCUUCCAGGCCUCUUUCGGAGCAAAGUAUGGCGUCUUCGUCCUUCUCAUCGUCUCCAUACUCUUGCUCCUACGAGAGGCAUUCUUUGCUGCGACGGCCCACAACCUCUCUCAGCAAAACAAUGAGCAUCUGUGGUAUCCGCUCGCCGCGCUUUCGGAGCUGCUCGCUGUGAUGCUCAUAGGUGUUCCCGGACUUGUGCCUGCGCGAAGCGAGCUACCCAAGCAAGAAAGCAUUGGCAUGGUGCGGAGGUUUGUUGGAAGGGGGAAUGAUGCGUGA